UUUGUACUUUCAUAUUGCUUUGUUGAUCUACAACUCAACCAGUUCAAUAGUAAUAUGGCUGAUUUUUACCGCUGAACUUUAUCUGAUGUCCUUAAUAAAAGAUGCUUUUCUUCUGAUUGUUUUGCAGCUCUUCUCACUGAAUCGUAUAAACUGCGGUGGAACGGGAGAGAUUCAAUUUUUAAAUUACACGGAUUCGGCAGACUGUGUGGAUGUGCUCCCGGAAGUGUGUGACUUUUACUUCAAGAACAUUCUAAUAGAGAACGAAGAUGGCAAUGAGCUCCACGUUCUUCCGAAGACAGAUGAUAUCGGUAAUUCCGUUAAAGUUAACUUAAGUAGAGUAGACGAGCUUGGCGAAGCCUUUGCUGUCAAUUUCACGGCAAAGAAACGUAUUACGAUAUCGAUUAAAGUGUCUGGAAAUGAGGAAAGAGCAAUGACUGAUUUGGUGGUGCCGUUUUCAAACACGACAGUUAAAGAUGGAUGGGUAAAACAGGACUAUAGGAGUCAAGAAAGCAAAGGAACUCUCACUAUACAGUACAGGCUGACAAAAUGCGAUGACAACUUCACUGGUUUAGGAUGUGAUUCCUGUGAAGAUUCCUACUUCACACCACAGUGUGACAAAUACUGCAAACCAAAACCAGGCUACUUCAAGUGUAACUCAUCCGGAGAGAAGGUCUGUGAGGGAAGGAGAAGAGGACAGAACUGUGACAGUUGCACGUCAUUUUAUUUUGGGCAUGAUUGCAAGACUAACUGUGAACCUGCAGACGAAUAUUACAUGUGCUCAGAAAGUGGACACAAGAUCUGUUUGGAUAACACAACGAGUGUUGCUAACAACUGCAGAGAAAGUAAGAAUACUAACCUUGGAAUGACCGUGGUGGUAGGGUCAGGUUCACUGAUCAUAGUUCUUGUAAUGAUCACUGGAUUCACUCUUCUGCUCAGAAGGCAGAGGAGAGGGAGGAUGGAGGAAGGCAGCAGUAGAGAAUCUGCAGCUCAUGUUCGCACGGAUGAGAGAGUUGAUUGUAAGAAGGGUCAAGCUAUUACUGACAAUAUUGAGCAUCCAAUACCAGCCUACAAAGAAGUAGAGAGAGAAGGAGCAAGGAGUAAGCAAGGAGAUGAUGAAAGUGACAAGGAUGGAUACGUUCCAAUGAAGAAUAUAAGAAAAGCUCGUCUUCUUUGUGAAUCUACAUCGGUAAGGAAUCAAGAAGGAUUGAAUCACGAAAAUGAUGAUAGAUUAAACGAUUCUAAGAGAAAUAUUCAGGAUUUAAGAUCAGUGUCUGGUAAAGCAGCAGCACUCGACAGCCAAGAAAAAGAUUUUACUGAAACUGACAAGGAUGGAUACGUUCCAAUGAAGAACAUACGAAAAUCUCGUCUCCUUUGUGAAUCUAAUUCGGUCAAAUACUAGAGAACUCAAAACAUCAUAGACGGAAUUAGCCUUGGAGAAAUAUGAAGGAUCGCCAAUAGGAUACUGGAGUAAUGAUUAAUCUGAAAUUCUCUCUUAUCUACGAAUAAAACAUAAUGAUUAAAGAUUAAAUUAGUGCUUUCGUUGAAAAAACAAUAACGCCUGAAUUUGUAUUGAAACUUGUUGCAGUUGACCAACAAACUAGAACCGUGAAUUGAUUUUAAUAUUAACUGAUUUUAAUAUAAUUGUUAAGCAACUAUUAAUGAUUUGAUUUAAUUAAGAAUUAUUGGCUUAUUGCUGAGUGCAAUGUUUCAUAAAAAUGUUUGAAAAUGUGGAAGGUUUUUCAAUAUCAAAUUGCCAAAUCUUCCUAUUAGAUAUUGUUAAUUGUUAUUAUGUUUUGUUAACAAAUAUAUUAGUUAUUAGUCAUUACUUAUUUUCUAUAACAUAUACAUGUUAUAUGUGUUUAAGUAAAAUAUUUGUCUGUGAGGGUGUUGCGUACUUUCACAUUUCAGCUUCUGGAUCAUUCGACUUACUGGAGCAGGUUGAGAUUCGAGAAAGGCUAAUUAGAAAUGUUUUUUGUUUCUGGUUAACAAACCUUUAUAGACUUUCCUCCGGCUUAACACUUGGUUAGAGUAGCUGAGUAUGAGAUACCUUGCCUAGAAUAGAAUAGAAAGUUCAUGGGCAGUGAGUCUCGUGGUGAA